UUGUUCCCCAUCACAAGCUAAGCAUAAGGCUUUGCUCAGCGACUUUCAACGAAAAAGGUACGUGUACCCGAGUUUCCGACACUUGUUGGAAACUGACACCACUAUUUCAGUUUUUUUUUGGGUUCUGAGUUCUGACACGAGGACACAACUCUGACACCGAGCCGACAUUUUCUUUCUGACUUGACAUGAAUGGUACCAAUAUUUUCAAUUUUUUUAAUGAUGAUGGUCAAUUGGGUGGUGCAAGGCAUUGAAUUGGUUAGAUCCUUUUAGCUUUUUUGUAGCAGAUUGAUGGGCUGAAGGUACCAGAAUAUAAAGAGCAAAAAAUCCUGCGAAGAAUUUGCAUCCAAGAGUGAAUAAAGAAAUGGCAUCAUCAUUAACUCAUAUCAAUAUCAAAAUACAUGCGUCGACUAUCAGGAGGGCACGUCCUCGAAGUCAAGGAUUAUUGCAAUCCGGAAAACUGUUCCAACUCCGUGGACUCAAUUUUCCUAGUAUUAACCAAUCCUUAAUAUGCUGUACAAAGUUAACUCCAUGGGAGCCAUCACCCGUUGCAUAUGCUCCUACUGAUAAUCAAAGCGACAAUUUCUUGCAGAGUAGCCCCAAUAUAUUUGAAACCCUUGAAUCUAGUAAAACUGUCGAGUCACCAACAGCAAAUGCUGAAGGGCUUGUGGAGAAAAAUGCUCAGCCAGGCCAGCAGCUUCAGCUUUUCAAGUGGCCGAUGUGGCUUCUCGGUCCUUCCAUUCUCCUUGCAACUGGUAUGGCCCCGACAUUAUGGUUACCAAUAUCUUCUAUCUUUCUUGGUUCCAAUAUAGCCAGUCUACUUUCCUUGAUUGGACUUGAUUGUAUCUUUAACCUCGGUGCAACACUUUUUCUCCUCAUGGCUGAUUCUUGUUCAAGACCUAAACAUCCAACACAAGACUGCAAGAGCAAGGCUCCCUUCAGUUACCAGUUCUGGAACAUUGUUGCUACGAUUACUGGAUUUAUCGUCCCGUUGUCGAUGAUGUUUGGAUCCCAAAAGGGUUUUCUGCAACCCCAAUUACCUUUCAUCUCAUUUGCAGUUCUGCUAGGUCCUUAUCUUCUUCUUUUGUCGGUACAGAUUCUGACUGAGUUGUUAACUUGGCACUGGCAAUCACCGGUCUGGCUCGUUACCCCAAUCGUUUACGAGUCUUACCGUGUCUUGCAGCUAAUGAGAGGAUUAAAGCUUGGGGUUGAGCUCACUGCACCAGCAUGGAUGAUGCAUACAAUUAGGGGACUGGUUUGCUGGUGGGUGCUGAUUCUUGGUCUGCAGCUCAUGAGGGUUGCUUGGUUUGCUGGUUUAACUGCUCGAGCUCGUAAAGAUCAAUUGUCUUUUUCUGAUACUUCUUCUGCUAAUAGUAUUGGUGAUUAUACUAUUUAAUACCAUUGUAAACAUAUUCCAAAAGAAACAGAUUAUAGCAUAAGUUCAUACGGUUCAAAUUUAGUUAUUAUGGUUAUUUUCCAUCCCAUUCAUAGACUUAUAGUGGUAGAGUGAUAAGGACACAUUUAAUAGCUCUAUAUACAAGUACAUUAGAUGCAAGAUUUGUUUGUUUACUGGCCUUUGUGCUUCAUUACUUUUUCGUACAUCAACUUACGAAAAUGGAAGGAUAAUUGUAUACUUGUUGGUUUAUAGAAAAAUUCACGGAUUUAUUACUUUUGACA